AUGUCUCAGCUUAGCUACGCCCGUUACGGCAAGGACAAUGUCCGCCUGUACAAGGUCGAUAAGGACCCCAAGACUGGCAUUCACACCGUCGUAGAGCAGACCGUCCGCGUUCUGCUUGAGGGCGACAUUGAGACCUCCUACACCAAGGCAGACAACUCUGUUGUAGUCGCAACAGAUACUCAGAAGCAGACCACCUACAUUCUCGCCAAGCAGAACCCUAUCGACCCUCCCGAGCAGUUUGCUGCCAUCAUCGGCGACCACUUCGUCAACACCUACUCGCACAUCCACGCCGCACAUGUCAAGAUCAUCCAGCACCGAUGGACUCGCAUGGACAUCGACGGCAAGCCCCAUCCCCACUCUUUCUACCGCGACGGUGACGAGGUCCGCGUUGUCGAGGCCGUGACAAGGGAGGGACAAGGCUCUUCCAUUCGCUCCAAGAUUGAGAAGCUGCUUGUGCUCAAGAGCACCGGUUCCGCUUUCCACGGCUUCCAUCGCGACGAGUACACACGUCUGCCUGAGACCUGGGAUCGCAUUCUCAGCACAGAGAUUGAGGCUGGCUGGCAAUGGAAGCUCUUCAAGACGCCGGAAGAGGCCAAGGCUGUUGACUUCAACGGUGCUUGGAAGGCGGCAAGGGAUAUCACUAUGAAGAUCUUCGCCGAGGACGACAGCGCCAGCGUCCAGGCUACCAUGUACAAGAUGUGCGACAAGAUACUUGCUACUGUCCCUCAAAUCGAGGCAGUUGACUAUGCUCUGCCCAACAAGCACUACUUCGAGAUUGACCUUUCGUGGCACAAAGACAUCAAGAAUACCGGCAAAGAUGCGACUGUUCUCGCUCCCCAAUCCGAUCCCAACGGCCUCAUUCAGUGUACCGUCACUCGCAAGAGCAAAAAGUCCAAAUUGUAA